AAUAAUUGCCUUUUUUUUUUUUAAUAUCUUUUCCUAAUCCUACUUCUAAGUUUCCAAAAGAUACUGCUGUUUUCGUUGCUUCUUUCUGAGUUCCCAGGAGACAGGAGAUGGAGAAAGAGUGCAUGGAAGAAGGGCUGGCAAGUACUAAAAGGCCCCUGCUUCUUGGUGAGAGGAACUUCAUCAACAGUGACAAACCAAAGGGCGAUUCUUCCUUUACUCCGGUUCUCUUCCUUGGCGCCAUUGUUGCCUUAUGCGGCAACUUCUGUUUCGGAUUUGCUGCUGGUUACACAUCGACUGCAGAAUUUGAAAUGAUGGAAGAUUUAGGCAUGUCUAUUGCUGCGUACUCGUUUUUUGGUUCAAUAAUGACAGUAGGAGCUGCGAUAGGUGCUAUUUUAAGUGGGAAGAUGGCGGAUUUUGUUGGCCGAAAACGAACAAUGUGGUUAUCCCAGAUAUUUUGCAUCAUGGGAUGGCUUGGAAUAGCAUUUGCUAAGAAUGUUUGGGGGGUCAAUAUUGGAAGAGUAUCAAUUGGAUUCGCAGUUGGACUUAUUGCUUAUGUGGUACCUGUAUAUAUUGCAGAAAUAACACCUAAAAAUAUUAGAGGUCGAUUUGUAGUGACUCUUCAGUUGAUGAACUGUUCUGGCCUCUUAGCAGUGUUUUUCCUUGGAAACUUUUUUUCAUGGCGCACCGUGUCUCUAUUAGCUAUAAUUCCAUGUUUAAUGCAAGUUGUCGGUUUAGUCUUCGUGCCAGAGUCUCCAAGAUGGCUAGCAUCAAUUGGCAAGGAAAUAGAGUUUGAAGAUGCUUUGCGACGGCUUAGAGGAGUGGACGCCGGUUUUUCUCAAGAAGCUAUUGAAAUCAAAGAUGCUACAGAAAAUUUCCAACGCGGUGAAGCUGGAUUUCAAGGCUUGUUUCAAAAGAAAUAUGCUUAUCCAGUUAUGAUUGGAGUAGGGUUAAUGUUACUUCAACAAUUGGGAGGGAACAGUGUGUUUGCAGCUUAUCUUAGCACAGUGUUUGCUAAAGCUAAUGUCUCAACUACCAUUGGACCUACAGCAAUAGCCUUCUUACAGAUGCCUGCUGCUGUUUUAGGAGUGCUCUUGAUGGAUGCAUUUGGAAGACGAGCUCUUCUUAUGGUUUCUUCUAUUGCAUCAUGCCUGUGUCUGUCAAUCAUGGGGUUAUCGUUCUACCUACAGGAACACCAGUAUGCCAAGGAGUUCACUCCAUUGAUGGUGUUUCUUGGAGUACUGGGAUUUUCUUAUGCUUUUGCAAUAGGCAUGUCAGGAAUACCAUGGGUUAUAAUGUCAGAGAUAUUCCCAAUAAACAUCAAGGCCUCAGCUGGAAGCUUGGUGACUUUAGUCAAUUGGUCCUGCUCAUGGCUUGUGACAUUUGCAUUUAAUUUUAUGCUGGAAUGGAACUCAGCAGGAACAUUUUUCUUCUUCGCUAGCAUGUCUGCCAUGGCAUUUCUAUUCACUUGGAUAAUGGUGCCAGAGACUAAAGGACGUUCAUUGGAAGAGAUACAAGCAACGUUAAUAACUUAUGUCUACUAAAUUGUAAUAAAUAAGCUAUGUGCACUGAUAAAGAUAUCAAAUGACGCGGGGAGUGUUUUUGUUUCUCUGGCAUAA